UCCUUCACUACAAAACCAUAAUGUGAUAGCAAGAGUAGACCGAGGAAGAGUGCUUAAAUGUAGUUCACGAUGGGUGAUAGUUUGGAAGGGAGAGAUAAGGUUUUUGGCCGAUGCUAGUGGCCUUUGGUUAAAGAGAAGGGUCUUAGUCAAAACCAUAGAACCUUCGGGUUUAGGUUGAAGAUGUAGAACCUCAUGUCGUGUUUGCCACCAUCCAAAAAUCGUUUCCCCAUGUCCAAGACAAUUGCCAGUCAUUUGAACCCGUGUCUAAGACCUCCGGACAAGCUAAUGGAGACAACCAUCCCAUGAACUCUAGCAUUUAGAGGUUACCGCCGUGGUAUUGAGACAAUAGAGCCGAGUGUUGAUGGUUUGCUUGGGGACAAGCAAAUGUCAAAGUGUGGGGGAGUGAUUCGGGCCAAAUUGUAAGUGUUUUACCCCCGUUUUCCAUAGGAGUUUAUGGCAAUUGUCCUCCUAAAAGGGUGGUUUUACGCUAGGUUUCUUGUGUUUUAGCACGUUCUGGGAUCUAAUAGGUGAAACCAGCCCCGGAGUCGAAAGUCAGACACUUUGACGAUAAGGAGCGAAAACCAGGAGAAGAGGUGAAAACCCGGCAGUUCACGGUUUCCCUUGUGAGUUUACGGUCUACUAAGACCGUGAAGAGGAGGCAUGGGCCGUGAACAUCAAGGCUUCCAGGGCACUUGUGGUGCAUUAUAGCACCCGUUAUAGCACCUUGGGGCUUGGUGUCGAGUUGGGCUUAGUCGUUAGGGUAUUAUUAUUAGUUAAUUGUCAUGUUAUUGUGAUUAUUUAGGGAUAUUCGUAUUAGUUUAUUGUGUCUUGUUGAGUAAGUUAUUAGUUACCUUGUCAAAAUGGGAUAGGGUUAGCUAUUAGGUUUUCUUACGUUUUCCUACAAAUAUGUACAUUGUUCUUUGGGUUUCGCUAAGCAAUGAAUAAGAGUAAAGUAAAUUAGAGUAAUUUAGCUAUCUUUAUCGCGUUUCAUUAGUUUCGUAGAAGAUUUAGAGUUCCACGAUACGUGAGAUUCCACUAUCACGCAUCAAUUGGUAUCAGAGCCUGGUUAGGCGCUGAAUUCGCUAUGCCGAUUUUCACGCAACAUCCAGGAGGAGAAGGAUACACGCCUUGGGCACGGAGUUAUGAGGAGACCCUUCCUCGUCGCGUCGUUGGCUGCCCUAGCUAUCCGUCUCUGUUAUGUUCGUCGUCAUCACAUCCAUCGUCUUCACAUCAUCCACCAUGGCUGAACCAUUAUUCUCAUUCCUCUCGAUAUCAACGACAAGACCUUGAGAGCUUGGUCGCCAGAGUUAAAGUUGCGGAGGCUCCGAAUUUGCAGUACGACGCAAGUAGUCGAUACCAAUUCCAAGGGUUCCCAACACGACUGUAAUAUCCAGAGCUUCUUGUCCAAUCCUCAGCUCGGCUGCCGAUGUGGAAUUAUACUCUGGUCGUUCAAGAGGAUUUCGAUCAAUCGGGAGCUGAUUAUUGAGAUCAAUACGUCGCUGAACACGAGGCUGCCGCGCUCCGGAGGGGAGACCACGACCAGUCCAACGUCAGGUCCUCAUCGGAUGACCCGUCGCCAGAGGAGUGCUUGCCGAUGAACGUUGAAAGCUCACCAGUCAACGGGAACGGAUUAAUACCACAGGAUCAAGAGAAUCUUGGAAAGGAGAGUAGUUGCGACACGAUGAGCACCGAAUGGCUCUCCGGGGACGACCUCGAUCGGAUGAUCAAACUCGCAGAAAGUGUCAUGGCUUCCUGCCAAAGGCUCAUCGCCAUUGGUGACCAAGCUACCGCACCCGCCGCCCUCACUACCACGUCGCUGGUAACGCCCACCUCCACCGUACCUAUGCCGCCGUCGCCAAUAUUGCCAGAAGUCGUCCCUGUCAUUGAGGUUGAGAACACCCCAACUCGACACGAGAGCAACCAUCCGAAGAUCGAGUCGUCAGAAUUAAGGGAGAGGCCGCCCUCUCAUGUCACAAGAUGGAAGGAUUGCUUGUCCAACCGCCAACAAGUCUUGGUGUUGUUGCGAUCGAAGCAAACCUUGAUGAUGUCGUAGACAUCCGCCUUAAAGGGGGAGGCGACUCUAUCGUAGGAAGAAGAGGAAGAAACGAGGUGAAGCUACUGCUGAAACCACCUGCGAAUCCCUACCGCCGUGAGAGGGAGCCCUAGUCGUGUUGGAGAAGGCCAAGGAGAAAGAAGUCCUUGAUCUCAGCAAGGUAGCUCUACUACUGUCUCACAAAUUUGAUGUCGUAGCCGCCACUACGAGGUCAGUCGCAGUGAAGGAGCUAACCCUAGCUCCGGUUCAACUGCUCGUUGAGUAUGGCGACAAAGACCAAGGCGUCAUGGGAAUAAGAGGUCCGGUUCACCGCUGUAUCGGUCCAAGCACGGGAGGAUUGAUCGGAGUCUUGUUGUAUGGAGUUGGGCAAAGUUUUUUGGGGAGAGGAAAGCAAAUGGAAUGGCUGCAGCAAGCUUACACGUUUCAUGAAGAGCAUGGUAUUAGUCUGAGUUUGUAUGUGGGUGUGGGGAUGGCAACCUUGCUCCAUGGAUUGGCGGACUACUCAAAUUCCAAUUGAGAGAAACUUAGUUACACCAACGUGGGAAUGAGAGUUAGCUUUGUGACACGCCAAAACACAACACCAAUCUGCGACCAAGUGUAAUCGCAGACCGGGAAUGAAGUAAAGUGACAAGUAAUAU